AUGGGAACUUUUUGGGAACCCAAGUAUUAUUCUUUAAUUGUUGAUUCUACAUCUGAUAUAGCAAACGUCGAUCAACUUGUUAUUGCAUUAAGAUAUGUUUUACCUAGUGGUGUACCUGCAGAAAGAUUUUUAAUAUUCAUUCCAAACAGUGGUCAUAAAUCUGAAGAAAUGAGCAAUGUUGUAAUGGAUUUUCUUAAUUCACACAAUAUACCAAUUGAAAAUUGUCGUGGCCAGAGCUACGACAAUGCGAGGAAUAUGUCAGGUCAGUAUUCUGGAUUGCAGUCAAGAAUUAAAAGUUUUAAUUCAUUUGCAGAGUAUGUACCAUGUUCUGCACAUUCUCUUAACUUGGUGGGAACGUGUGAAGCAGAAAGUUGUAAUUCUGCUACUUCAUUUUUUAUGCUUCUCCAGGAACUAUACAAUUUUUUUUCUAGUUCUACUGCACGUUGGGACAUUUUAAAAACAUAUUUGAAGAAAAAUCUUAGUGUAAAAAAUUUAUCAGUAACUCGCUGGAGUGCUCGUUUUGAUGCUUGCCAUGCUUUAUUUAAUUCUUAUGCAUUUAUAAUUGAAGCUUUGCAUAGUAUAGUUGAUAAUCAGAAAGAAAAAGCUGUAUAUAAAGUAGAAGCUAAUGGGUUGCUUGCAAGAUUAAAAACUUUAGAAACUGUAUCAGAACUAUAUAAUGGCCUUGAAAAUUACUUGGUACAGAUCAGAGAUGAUUUUGAUGUUUUUGAAAAUAAGGCUGUAGAAAUUACUGGUUGUUCGGAGUAUGCCAAAGAUUCCAAGAGAAAAAAAAGAGAAAGGUAUGCUAUGGCUGAUGAAUCAAGAUCUCAACCUCUCACAGAAAUCACAGGGAAAAUAGAUUUUAUUAGAAAUGUAUAUUAUGUGAUCAUUGAUACUCUUAAAUGUCAACUUAGUUCAAGAAGACAAGCUUAUGAAAAAAUAUCAGAUAUUUAUGGGUGUAUACCCACUUUGUAUAAAACACCGAGUUCUAUUGUUAUAAGGAACACAUGUGAAACUUUGGCAAAAUAUUUUAUUGAUGAUGUUGAAAACUCAAGCUUACUUAUAGAUGAGUGUAUUCUUUUUUCAAAAUUAAUUUCCACGGAUAAAAAUGUAAAAUCUGUUCUCUCUAUGUAUAAACUUAUCAAGACCAAAGAAUUAGAGUGUAUGUUUCCAAAUUUAGAAAUAGUUAUGCGUAUGUACCUUAGUACAGCAGUUUCAAACUGCUCAGGCGAAAGAGCUUUUUCUGUACUUAAAAGAGUAAAAUCCUACUUGAGGUCAACCAUGAAGGAGGAAAGACUGAAUGCAUUAGAAAUAUUUAGCAUUGAAGCAGAAUUGGUUGAAAAAUUAGAUUUUAAUGAUACUAUUAACACAUUUGCCCAUCAAAAAGCAAGAAAAAGAAAAUCGCACAAAGAAAAAUGGGUUCAAUGCGUUAAAUGCAAAAAUUGGUCUCACGAAGCAUGCACUAAUCAAGAAGAUCGUUAUAUUUGUCAACACUGUGACUCAGAUGACGACAUGCACCAGUUUUCUAGACAAUUGAAAGAUUUUUAA